AGAUGUUUUUGUUCGCUUCCUGCCUUCAGUGUUAUCGCCUCAUCACGUGGAUGUCAAAACCCCUGACUGGCUUUUUAAGGUUGAAAUAAGGUUAAUUUAUCUCUACCUCGGGAUUUCUCCCCCCAGGACUGUUGUUGAGGACGGGAUGUCGGACGGGGAACGGUCGCCUCUUCUGUCUGAUCAACAUGACGAGACCAACGGCUUCUCUACCGGUCAGAUUGGACAUGGAUAUCAGAGAAAAACACAGACGGCGUUCCCCAACUCGGUGGCACCAGAUGAGCCCCCACCCCCGUACUCCCCUCAGGGCAGCCCGGACAGCGGCAGCUCUCCGGUGAUCAGCUGCCGGGUGUGUCAGAGCGCCAUCUCCGUGGAGGGCAAGACGCACCAGCACGUGGUGAAGUGCAGCAUCUGCAACGAAGCCACGCCUAUAAAGAACGCUCCGGUUGGGAAGAAGUACGUCCGCUGUCCCUGUAACUGUCUCCUGAUCUGCAAAGUCACGUCUCAGAGGAUCGCCUGUCCGAGGCCGUACUGUAAACGUGUCAUCAACCUGGGACCGGUUCACAUCGGGAGGGAGAGUCCGGAGCCUCGGAACCAGCCCGUCGGCAUCAGGAUCAUCUGUGGACACUGCUCCAACACUUUCCUGUGGACGGAGUUUUCAGACCGGACUUUGGCCCGAUGUCCACACUGCAGAAAAGUCUCUUCUAUUGGUCGACAUUACCCCAGGAGGAGGAGCGUGCUGUGCUUCCUGCUCUUCAUCGUCCUCGCCGCCUCCACUGCAGGACUCGUGGCUGGAACGUGGCGUCCCGCUCAGGACUCUAAAGGGAUCUACGUCUCCUGGGUUUUUCUGAUCCUCCUCGCUCUCUUCACCAUGUUCAGAACCGUCUACUGGAGGUGUCUGAAGAUCAGCGACCCCAUAUCCAAUGUCACGUAGAGAGGGGGAGGAAAGGAAGAAAGGAAGGUGAGAGGGUUAGUGAAGGAAGAGAGGAAAGGAACAAAGCAUAGAUGAGACAAGGAGAGAGGAGAAGAUGCAUUCAACAUGAAAAAUAAAACUUCAAACUCAAGGGGAUUUAACACAAAGAAAUAUUCAUGAUGAGUAAGACAUGCAGAUGUUUGACCCCAUAACUAACUGGGGGUGUCUGUUUGCGAAGAGGAUGCAGAGAAAAUAGUUAAUUGAAAGAAAGAAAUGUUUAAAUUAUUUCUUUUGACCCGGUAGUUUCCCCUUUAUGUUGUUUCAAUUAGACUAAUGUUCACGACAAUGUUAUUUAAACAUGAUGUGCCCCAAAUUAUAAUGAAAUAAUAGAGAAAUAGGAUUCAGUUAAGAUUCGUGUGGAUAGGUCACAGUGAAGGAGGGGUUUUAGUUCAUGUUAAGUUAUAUAAUCAUUACCAAAUAUUUAAGUCCAAUCUUUUGACUCAACUCUUGUUUUUGAGUCAUUUUUCUUUUGUUGUUCUCACUGUACUACAAACGAACAAAAAUAAAUAUGAAAAUUCCUUCAGAAAUACAUUUAUAUUCGCAUUUAAAUUCAAAUUUGAGCUGAUUUUCUUCGGGAUCAGAAAAUGAAAUACAGGGGAUAAUUUAAUUACAAAGAACUACAUGUUUUUGGGGCAUUGUUUGUUAGAUAACGCGCAUUAUAUUAUGUCGGAUAUAUAAUGAAUUAAUGUUGGGACAUUUAUAAGGCAUUCAUUCAGGAUUAAGUGGCAUUAUUUUUCAUUAAUCAUCUCACAUAUUCAUUUUGGGGCAUUUAAUUAUUUAUUUCUUUGCUUGAAAAUGAUUCAUAUCAGAGAAACCUGCAGCUGAUCUUCUAAACGUCACUGGAAACGAGUCAAAGAUAAGAUCUAAUAUCUAAAUGCUUUUUAACUAUUAACCACACACAGGGAAGGAUCUAUUUACUCGUCUCUCUGUGUGUCUCCUCUGUAAAAGUGUAAAUAAAUAUAUAUUCAGGUGUUGAUUAUUAUGGUCUGUACAGAAUGAUCCAGCUGUUGCGCCCCCUUGUGGCUGAGUGGUGUAAGUACCUGCUAACUGAAACCUGUUGCACUACAUCGUUCUGAUAAAUACUACUAUAUGCUGUUGUCCAUAUUGUUCCGGUGGAUGGAUUUUUUUUUUUUGUAUAUUGUGAAACAAAGAAGUAAUACUUUUAACAACGUGCUCUGACUCAAAUGUGUCUUAUUUUCAGAUAUAAAUUGACAGGUUUUUGUGA